CACAGACUCCCCGAUUCGAAACCAUUUCGUGCCCUAGGGUAUAUGUGUAACUAUAAAUAUCCGAUCCAUUUGUGAAUCAUUGAAUGACGUCGGCUGUCCAUCCUCGAAGCGUCCGCGAUCAAAACGCAAGCUGGGAAGAAUCUGAGAAGUUAACUUGUGGGUUUGAUAACUUAGUGCUAAAAGCGCCAUGGAAGGUGCUAUUUUGGACGAAAGCAAGUUUGAUAUGCAUUUGAAGUUGUGGGCCAUUCAAAUUCCUCGAGAAAUGUGCAAGGCCGCCACUAGGGUACUAAAUGGGUGACAUUGUGUUGGUGGAUGAGACAAAAAGAAGAUGUGAAUAUUAAACUUAAGAUAUGGAAGGACUCCUUAGAAUCUGACAGCUUCAUGCUUUGUGGAUUAGAAACUGAAUAUAUGAAAUUUAAGUUUAAUAAAGACCGAAGUGUGAAUGAUUUUAUGCUCAGGACUUAUUGGGAAACCAUCUAACAUAGGCAAAAAGCUUGAUCUUGCUCAGUCUUCCAAUAGAUUUGCUACAUGCUUGACAGACCCCGCAUCAAACCUAUCACUGAAGAUCCAACAUGUGAGAAGAAUCGUUAUAUGAUAUUAUCUGAAAAAGUUCAGAAUUCUGAUUUAUCUGAUAUUCCAAGCCAAAAGCUAGAUGAACUAAAGGCACUCUGCAAAAUUGAAGUAGUGCCCUACUCAUUGACACUUGGAUAUUCCUACUGGGGUGCAGACCAUGUGUUGAAGCAGAUUCUGCCACCUGGACUUGAGAUACCUUCAUCUUUUGAAACAAUAGGUCACAUAGCCCAUCUCAAUAUCAGUGAUGAACUGCUUCCUUACAAGGAUGUUAUUGCGAAGGUUAUCUAUGAUAAAAAUUAUCCCAGAAUCAGAACAGUUGUUAAUAAAGUUGGAACUAUUACCAAUGAAUUCCGUGUACCAAAGUUCGAGGUACUGGCAGGAUUAGCCGAUAUGGUUACUGUAGUGAAGCAGUAUGGUGCUACAUUCAAGCUUGACUACAGCUUGGUCUACUGGAAUUCAAGGUUGGAACAUGAACAUAUAAGGCUAAUUUCUCAAUUCAGGCCGGGGGAAAUCAUUUGUGACAUGUUUGCUGGUGUUGGUCCAUUUGCUAUUCCAGCUGCCCAGAAAGGAUGUGUAGUAUAUGCAAAUGAUUUAAAUCCAAAUAGCAUUCAUUAUUUGAAGAUUAAUGCAGAAAUUAACAGAGUCAAUGAUCUGGUCCACACAUACAAUAUGGAUGCAAGGAAAUUCAUAUGUCAAUUGAUGGCAGUGCCCACUUGUGAAACUGAUGGAAAAACUGAUGUUCCCGUCCUUAAAGAUCAGGAGAAACGCAGCAUACAGGCAAAUGGCAAAAGGAAGUUGCAGGACAUAAAGCCGGCAGAUAAUGUGGAAGAAGUAUGCAGUAACAAGUCAAUCAGUGUGGAGGGUGUCAAAGGGUUAUGUAGAAAUCCAGAUGCAAGCAUUACUACAAGUAAACGACAGCCUGAAAGUUUUCAGGAAGCCAAUAAUUUAAAACAUGACACAAAUAAGCAAACGAGAUGUGCUGAUUUAUUGAACAAGAAGCCCUGGGAGCAUGUUGACCACAUAAUAAUGAAUUUACCAGCUUCAGCUCUACAAUUUCUUGAUGUGUUUAAUGGACUUAUCCAAAGAAGACACUGGAAAGGUUCUUUGCCAUGGAUUCACUGCUAUUGCUUCAUGCGGUCAAAUGAGACAGAAGAAUUCAUAAUAUCAGUGGCACAAUCUGCCUUGAAUGCCAAUGUACAGAAACCAAUAUUUCAUAGGGUUAGAGAUGUUGCUCCAAACAAGGCAAUGUUUUGUUUAAGCUUCAGGUUACCGGAGGAAGCAUGCUUCAAGGAAGGUAUCACAGACAGUGUCGAUUCUGCCAGUACGUAGAAUUCAAACGCUCGCAGCUCUAAUCAAUCUUAAUCAAGCAGGACCUUACUCCUGCCUAACCUAACACACUAGCAGGGAUAGAGAAGGUAACCAGAAAGGAUUUUCAAUCUUAGAUUAGUAAAGAAACACUAACCCGGUGUAUUUUUCUUGAUCUCCUCUUUAUCAAAUGUGUAUAAUGGACCUUUACACAUCCAUGUGGAGAUGUGGGGCAUGUCACAAACUGCCUGCUGAAAUGUGGUGCAAAUAAUGGGUUGUGGGGCUUUUAAGGUAGAACACUGCUACUUCUUUCAGUGUUUGAGAUUACAUGACGAUGUAAUUCUUUGGUCA